GCACUAGCGCAUAUGACGUCACCUCCCCUGCGCAAGUAGGCGCAGCUGAGCACACGCAGUGAACACAUACAGGGUUUAUCUUAUCACAGUAUGCAUUAAACAACUGCGGCCGAAUCCACAUCACUCAGAUAACAGAUAAACAUGGACAAAGGGAACUAUGUUUUUUCUCAUUUCGAUCACUUUCUGCAAAGUCAGGAAUCAUUUGUGGUAAACAAAUUCCAGCAGAAAUACUGGAAAACCAAACAAACAUUCAUCAAAGUCACAGGAAAGAAAGAGGACGAACAUGUUGUUGCUUCGGAUGCAGAUCUGGAUGCUAAACUUGAGGUGUUUCAUUCGGUACAAAGGACGUGCAUGGAGCUCCUGAAGGUGAUUGAACAAUAUCAACGAAGAAUUAGCUUUUUGUCCCAGGAAGAGAAUGAACUGGGUCGGUUCUUGCGUUCACAAGGAUCUCAGGACAAAAGCCGAGCUGGAAAGAUCAUGCAGGCUACUGGAAAAUCUCUCUGCUUCUCUUCACAGCAAAGACUGGCGUUACGCUGCCCGUUGGGUCGUCUUUAUCAGGAGGUGGAAACCUUUCGUUACCGGGCGAUCUCUGACACGUGGCUGACGGUGAACCGAAUGGAGCAGUCACGGACCGAGUACAGAGCAGCUCUCCUCUGGAUGAAGGACGUUUCUCAGGAGCUGGACCCUGACACACACAAACAGAUGGAAAAAUUUCGCAAGGUUCAAACUCAGGUGCGUCUAAAUAAGACAAGUUUUGACAAACUUAAGAAUGAUGUGUGUCAGAAGGUUGAUCUGCUCGGAGCCAGUCGCUGCAAUCUGCUCUCACACGUCCUGACAACCUAUCAGACCACACUAUUACAUUUUUGGGAGAAAACAUCUCACACCAUGGCUGCCAUUCACGAGAGCUUCAAAGGCUGUCAAACACAUGACAUUUCAACGACGGGGGGCUCAGAUCAAAGUGCAAAGAAAAAGAUGAAGAAGAAAAUGAAUGCGAAGACAGAAGAGCAGAAGACGACGCAGAGCACAGAAGAGAUGCUUAUUUCAAUUGAAGAAGAAAAUCACAACAGGAACGCCACACCAACAGAAGGUGAUGCGUGUUUGUCCAGGAGUCAGGAGAAAGAUGGGUUAAGUCUGUUGAAUGAGAUUCUGGGCAGCAGUUCUCUGGAUGAUGGAGGUUUCUCACAGGAAUGGCAGGAGGUGUUUGGUGAAGAUGAGCAGGUCGGCAGUAACAGAACAGAGAUCCAGCCGGAGGAAGAGUCGGCUUUCUUUCUGCCUUCCAAACUACUCGACCAGAACAUGAAUGAUCUACAGUCCACAGUCUCAGGUUGGGCCAUUUCACCGAAUACUUCUGAAAACACAUCUGUAGCGAACCAAAUCUCUUCCAGAUCUACAGCAACAGAUAAAAACUCGAAAGAUCUCUCGGCUUGGUUCAACCUGUUUGCUGAUCUUGAUCCGCUGUCAAAUCCAGAUGCGAUUGGUCAAACAGAUGAGGAACGUGAACUGCUUAAUGCGUAAUGAUACCGAUGCACUACAUUUUACAUGUUUAAAAGGCCUAGAAAUGUCUGUAUUAGGCGGAUUUCAGAAAUGGUGUUUUAUAUCAUAGUAGUUAACUUUAAUUAUCUUGUGAAAAAAUAUUUGCUGCCAAAGGAAACCAAUAAUAUUUAUUUUAUUUUGAAUGUCCUCCGUUACUGGUAUUAUCAAGGCGGUUCGGUUUGCCAUAACUUUCUCUGUAUUACAAUUUUUAAACAUCGUAAUGAUGAUUUAACUGCAUUCACAUGACAGUAUGUUAAUGUGUUGGUUUUCGUAUACUAUAUACUGUAUAACAUGCAUGAUAUUUUUAUUAUUAUUUAUUUAAAAUGUUCAAUAUUGAUCAGGUGUGAAAGAAAGAAGCAGAAAAUAUUUUUGCAAAUGUGAUAAGUAGGUAUUUUCUGUAAAGACUGCAUUUGAUCUUAGUUUAGUGCCAUCGACUUAAACUAAUGCUGCAUUUCAAAAGCCUUAAAUAUGAUAGGGGUUUAGGCUAUAUUUAUUUAUUUAAUAAAAAUCAAACCUUAAUCAUAUGGAAACAUCCAAAGCUUGAAAGCCUAAAUUAUUAGUGUUAUUAUUAUUCAAGGUGCUGUAUAGUUUUUCUAGAGAAGACAACAGUGACACUUUUUCUGUAUCUUUUCUUUUUCUCCAUAAUGUUGAAUACUGAGAGUUAUGAACCAUAUCAAAUUAAUUAAUACAAGAGUACAUGAUGUUUGAAUAAACUACUUACCCCAAUAAGCAUUGCAAAUGAUAUAAAUCAUAGCUUACUGUACACUAAAACUUUUUUUACAUGAAUGCACUUCACCCAGAACAAUUUACAUUAUAAUUGCGUUUCUUUUGAAUCGAACCCCCUAUAAUAUAAAGUCAUUAAAAUAUAUGAUAUUUGAA